CUCAGUCUGGCAUCUCAAAAUAAGCACGCCUCAAUAAUCUUCAGAUUAGGCAAUACAUCUGAGAACUACCAUGCUCGUCUCACGGAUUCAAUUGUUGAAUCUUCAUUAAAUUCUUCUACUUUUAGUUGGUUUCAACUAAAUCUGCAGGUACAUUUCUUAAACAUCUUUUAUCUCAGCAAAAGAUGUGGAGAAGGGCACUGUCAUUGCACUCACUGAGACAAUUUUCUUCAACACCAGAAACUCCUCCAAUUCUCCAUUCCUUUCUCCAACCCUCCAUUUUUACCCUGAAAACAACAACAACCCAACAACCAAUUUUCAAAGAACCCACUCCUCAAACCCUAAAUUCAACGCCUAAAACCCUUGGGGCAGAUUGCAAAUCUUCCCUAGAAUCCAAUUUGCAAACCUCUCUUGACAAUCAGAAUACUGAUGAGGCAUGGAAAUCCUUCAAGAUCCUCACAAACAAUUCACAACUUCCAAGUAAGCAUCUUUCCAAUUGUCUCAUUACUCAUUUAUCUUCACUCAAAGAUGUUCAUAAUCUCAAGAGAGCUUUUGCUUCUGCUGUAUUUCUAUUGGAGAAGAACCCACAGUCAUUAACAUUUGAAACCAUUGAAACACUUUUGAAUGCCAUGAAAAUUGCAAGUACACCUGCUCCUGCAUUUGCUCUAGUAAAAUCCAUGUUCAAGAAUAGAUUUUUUAUUCCUUUUAGUCUCUGGGGUAAUGUUCUUGUUGAAAUUAGUAGGAAAAAUGGUAGCUUUGGUCCUUUUUUGAGGAUUUUUAAGGAGAAUUGUAAGAUUUCUGUGGUUGAGAAAUUGGAUUUUAUGAAGCCUGAUAUUGCUGGGUUCAACGCUGCUUUAGAAGGUUGUUGUUAUGAUCUUGAGUCUCUUGAUGAUGCUGAUAAGGUUUUCGAAAUAAUGUCAGUUUUGGGUGUGCGUCCUAAUGAAUCGAGCUUUAGGUUUCUUGCCUAUUUGUAUGCUCUGAAAGGGUGUCAUCAGAAGAAGAUGCAUGAGCUGGAGGUGUCGAUGGAUGAAUUUGGUUUUUCAUCCAAAGGGGUACUUUAUAGUAAUUUGAUUAGUGGGUACACUAAAUCUGGUAAUUUGGAAUCAGCUAUUGACGUUAUUUUGCGUGGAUUGAGAGAAACAGAUGGCAGAAGUUUGAAUUUUGGUGAAGAAACUUUCAGUGAGGUUGUCAAGGGUUUUCUUAGCGUUGGGAGUACUCGAAAUCUGACUAAAUUGAUCGCUGAAGCGCAAAAGCUCGAGUCUCCUUUGAAUGGGAUUCAAGAAUCUGUAGGUUUUGGUAUUUUGAAUGCUUGUGUCAAUCUAGGAUUAUUAGAUAAGGCUCAUUGCAUUCUUGAUGAAAUGAAGGCCGAAGGAGUUUCUGUUGCGGUUGGUGUUUAUGCUUCCAUUCUUAGGGCCUAUUGUAAAGAACAUAGGACGACUGAGGCUGCUCUUUUGGUCGCGGAAAUAACCUCUUCGGGGAUGCAGUUAGAUCCUAGUAGUUAUGACGCUCUAAUUGAAGCUUCCAUGACAAAUCAAGAUUUUCAAUCAGCAUUUUCUCUGUUUAGGGACAUGAGGGAAGUGGGAAUUUCUGAUUUGCAAGCUAGUUACUUGACUAUAAUGACUGGUUUAACAGAAAAUCACCGGCCUGAGUUAAUGGCAUCCUUCUUAGAUGAAGUUGUAGAGGAGCCACGUGUAAAAAUGGGAACCCAUGACUGGAAUUCUAUCAUACAUGCAUUCUGUAAGUUAGGACGGUUAGAGGAUGCCAAAAAGACUUUCAGAAGGAUGGCAUUUUUACGAUUUGAACCAAAUGAUCAAACAUAUCUGUCUCUCAUCAAUGGCUAUGUGGCGAAAGAGGAAUAUCUCAGUGUAAAGCAUCUGUGGAUGGAGCUGAGGAGUCAGGUUUCAAAGAGUGAAGACAAUAGGCUAAAAUUCGAUAACCACUUGGUUGAGGCUUUCUUGUAUGCUUUGAUUAAGGGUGGUUUCUUCGACGCAGUAAUGCAAGUCGUGGAUAAAACUCAGGAGAUGAGGAUUUUUGUGGAUAAGUGGAGAUACAAGCAAGUAUUCAUGGAAAUCCAAAAUAAGCUCAAAUUGAAGAAAUUGAGGAAGAGGAACUAUAGAAAAAUGGAAGCCCUUGUUGCCUUUAAGAACUGGGUUGGGAUUAGUACGCGAGGUUCCUAAAACUAUUGACUUUCUUUGCCGGUGCUUGAGAAAAUCUACAAGAUGAUGCGGGGAAUCAUUUUGGAGCAUCUACCCAGGAUAUCGAUGUUUGACUGGAGUUUCACAUUUUCUGAGAGAUCAGGUGUGCGGUGCCGUUGAGGGCUCACAUACCAGGGACAUGAUCGUAAAAAAUUUAAUUGUUGAACCGGAUGUGCUUCAAAUACCUCGGAUUUUACAGUCUUUAACUUAUGUAGUAGCAGAGGACUGGGAAAACAGAGCAUAUUUAUAUGAGAGUUCCUGGUAUUUAUGAGAUUAAAUAGGUAACCAAUUCAAAGAACAGCAAGUUGCCAACAAAGAUCAAACACAAAAGAAGGAUAAAUAGGUAAACAAUCCUGGAGUUAGGGAUUUAGGAAAGAAGGAUAUGAGUUGCGCAACUGUAAAUGAAGGGGUCAGAUGCUGGAGAAUCAUUUGUGCUUUGUAUGCCUAAUGAUCCUUGUCAUACAAAUUCUAUCAAAGAAAUGGUAAGUGUGGGUGAUGGGAAUGAGAAUCCGAACUGUUUUAAUGUGUCAUAAUAUAGACUCAACGAGUAUUGAAUUUAGUGGACAUAUUGUGCUACUCUGGGACAUGAUGGUGCUGCUGCUUCACUUAGUGGAAGUCUGUGUCAGAUGACUCAGAUCUCACUUGAUAUUUUAGCUGCAAUAACGAUAUGGAACUUCUCGGUAAUGACCAUGAGGAGAAGGACCAUUGGACGUCUUUCAUAUUAAGGUAGAAGCUAACAUUCUAUUGGGUUUGUGUUAAGCGCAACAAUCUUUUGAUUGCUAUAUCUGUACAGAUGUAAGUAUGUUUUUGCUUCACUGCAGCUUCUUCUUAGAGGUCCUAAGAAUUCACGUGAAGCAGUUUGACGGAGCAUCUGGUGUCCCACACAGUCGGACAAGUGUUUAACAAUGCAAGGAUCAAAGUAUAUUUACCUGUUUGUUUUUCAAAUUUUGUUAGACAAGAAUUUACUAGAGAUGUUCAAUUCGAGAUCAUAAGUGAUUUUCUUUCAGAUUUUUAGGCGAUUAUUUUAAUUACUCGUUAAAAUCAAUUUACUUUAGUGCUUGUUGAUGCCUUGAUAGAAUAUUAUAGUGCGGAUAGGAAAUCUGUUGUCUGAUAUGGCUUGGAGCCUAAAGAAUAAUUACUCGUUAAAAUCAAUGUACUUUAGUGCUUGUUGAUGCCUUGAUAGAUGAAUAUUAUAGUACGGAUAGGAAAUCUGUUGUCUGAUAUCGUUUGGAGCCUAAAGAAUAAAUAACGGACCAUGUUUCGGUUGAAUAAAAUGGACGGUUUGUAUAAUGUUAAUAUUUUUCAGCUGAGAAUCGUGCCCUGGGGAAUAAAGUUUUGAUGUGCCUUUUUGAUGAUAAGAAUGGUUUCUCAUACCCACUGUCACUGAAUAUGAUGAUAUCGACGCCAUUUACAGAAUUUAUUCUUCACACAGGCUGACAG